GCCGUGCAACAACUUUUUUAAUAAAAGACGGAAUUAUAAAAAUCGAGCAACCAAACAAAGAUAGACAGUGGUAGUGGCACCUGUGCUUCUUUCCCCCGUAACGUUUCUCACUUUUUCUGCAGCCCGUACUCGCGUGUGAUGAACAAAGACACACUCUUCGUCCGUUGAUACAAUACGAAUGAAUGUAAUGGAAUGUCAUGUUAAAGAGAAAUUAUAUUUGUACUUUUUCGUGUCCCCUUAACUUACUUUGUUGUUAACAUUGUUGCUCUAUUCAUUAUUUAUAACAAAAGUGUUGAAUGGUGUGUUAAAGCUAGUGUGAAGUGUGUGAAAAUGUGUUUGUUAGUUUCGUAACCUCCAAGACCAUCUUGCCAAAAUUUCGUUUCCGAUAUGUCGUGGGUGAAAAAGCGAGGGCAGACGGCCCCCGGGCCCGCCACCACCCACCCCCCUGUCCAGAUGUACAACCCUAAUCAGCAUUCCAAUCAAGAGAAUCAGUGGCAACAGCAGCCCCACGAUAACUGGUACAACCAGCCCCCGAAGGAAGACCCGAAACCCAACUACUGGCAGCCGCCGUAUCAACAACCCUACAACCAGAACGCCCAAUACGGUCACUAUCCAGAGUACUACCAGAACAACACCACGUACCCGCAGCAACCGUACGGGAAUUUGCAGUAUAAUCAACAAUAUAAUGCUCAGAAUAACGUCUACGGGCCACAACCACAAACUGAAGGUGACGGCUGGAGCUCGAACUGGGGUUGGGGCGACGAAGACAACUCAAAUGUACAAACCCCGAGCACCACGAACGUGGUAACUGAAAGCUUCACGACCGACGAGGCGUGGAAUUGGAGCUUAGAUGAGAAUAAUCGGAAAUCUCCUAAUAAAGUUAAGAGUGAGGGUGAGGCGGAGCUGCCUAAGACUCUCGCCGUGGACCGCCUGACCGGCAAACGCAAUAAAUUAGACACUCCGCAGUGGUCCGUGGAGUCUCAAAUGUCUCAGGAAUCUUCAGACGAUAUUUUACAAACCUCUGAAAGUGAUAAGAGCAGGAUGUUGUCUCGUAGUUCAACCAUAAGCCACUCGCCGAUUUCGGGACAAGAGCCUCCUCCAGGAAACCCGGGAGACAUCCCGGAGGUGAAGGAGGAGGCUAAUGAGGUGUCCCUGUUCGAAAAUAAGGAAAUCGUGUCGCACGUACAGGAUAUCGCGGCGGCGCCUCCAUUGGGGGUAGUUUCAGACGACAAAGGCAACCCCUAUAAGAGAAACACGGGGUUGUCACACAAAGCCGCAAAUAAGUUUCGAAGUAGCAAUGUCACCCCUCCGGAGACAAGACCUCUGAAUGUGUUCCAGCCGGGUUUCCACACACAAUCUGUGAAUUUGGAAACCCUUCCCGACAACUCCGAGCAACCUGACCCCAUUCCCUCCCAAGCUUCGCGCAAGAUCAGCCCCAGCGCCGCCGCCCCCUGGGCCGAGAAUAACGAAGCCCCCAUUAACGACCGCAACCAGUACCUCGAGACUGCGCAGUUGUCCGACGUCGACUUGAAUAAUUAUAAUCAGGUUCCUGAGACUGUGACUCAAGACGACGCGCUGCCGCCCCCGGGGUUGCGUCGCAUGGUGCCUGGGCAGACAGUCGGUGGGGCUGAGACCGUGGAACCCCCGGAAGGUCUGCGUCGGAUGAUUCCGGGCGAGUCGAGCUCUCCCGAGUCGAGUCUGCGGCCUCAGCGCGACUCCGAGCCGGAGUUCGCCGAGAUGAACACGCAGCGCUCGGCUACGAUCGGAGCCGACAUGCCUACUGUGGUCAACCGAUCGGAGACGAUCGGGGCAGACACGUCUGAACCGAAGAAGGGGCGGAGGGAUUCGGUGGAGGGGCAAAUGCAGGAUGAAGACGUGAGCGGGUUGGUCAAUUCGGUGAGGAAUUUGACGAUGGGGGAGAAUCAGGACGAGGGGAAUAGUGCGGAGGGGAGUGGGCGGAGACAGGAGAGCACGGAUAGCGAGCGCGAAGUGAGGGUGAAGUCGCCGGAGAGAAGAGAGAGGAGGUAUAGGGAGAAGGAGGAGAGGCGGAGUCGGUACUCGCCGGAUGACUAUAGGGACAAGCGCUACGAGAGGAGGAGACACAAAGAUCGCCGGUACGAGGAAGACACGGAUUACUACAGCGACAAGGAAAGGCGACACCGGGAAGAGAGAGAGUACGAUCGGAAGUAUAGUAGUUUGAAGAAGGAAAAAGAUAAGGACAGGCGGAGGAGGGAUGAUUAUAGGCGUGACCCGAGGAAGAAUGAUUACUACUACGGGAGGUACGAAGAAGAGUAUGAGAACGAGUCGAGGUCGAGGGCUUCGAGUAGGUCGGAUUCGAUUCACGAUUCGUUCCGGGACCGAGGGCAUGAUCGUGAUAGAAGGGAUAGGCGGCAUAGGGAGAAGGAUCGUCACAGGAGACACAGAGAUCCGUUCAAUCCCUACAUGCAGGGUUUCGGCUACGACAUCUACAGUCAGUACUACCAACAAUACCACUACUACGAGAAUCUUCGCAAGACUAACCCGCAAGCCUACGCCCAGUGGUACCGCAAGUACUAUCAAGAAGCGUCCGGCGAGGCUCCGUACGGCGGCGAAGAUCGAGCGUCGGUACAUUCCGGUAGAAGUUCAGCCAAUGACGAACUAGCCAAAGACAGGUAUACACGUCAGAGCUAUUAUAGUCAAACGAGUUUGCCCCACAUAGGAGGUUACUACAGAGGAUCUCAAACGCAUAGUAUAUCAGGCCAAUAUGGCCUGGAUGACUCUAGUUUCGUGCGCACGCUCGACCAAACCGACGCCUCUGUCAAUUACGAGGACCCCCAUCUGACGGCGCAACGUUUAACCCCCGCCAAGUUCGCCACUGCGCAUAUCAAAGCGUCCAUCACUUCGGGUAAACUAGUCAAAAUUUUGCCCCACUAUCCUCUAGAUGGACAAGCGCCGACCGUGGAACUGUGUAACUUAGAGACGCUUUUGAAUAACGACGAGGAUUACCAGGAGCUGAAGCGGUUUCCGGGACCCCUGGUCAAGGGUACCACCCACAAGAAGACAAUCAUUGAGUACUGCGAAAGCAAAAUCAAAGAGGCCAAUCACAGCGCGGAUAUUGUGGACAGGGAGUCGUACGUGCUCAUGUGGGAGUUGUUGAUCUUGCUCAUCAGACAGAAUGGGAUGGUCGUCGGCGCCGACAUAGCCGAACUCUUGUUGAAAAACCGCCAAGAAGCGCCCCCGCGCCCCCCCUCCGUCGUCUCCAACGUCAGUAGCAAUCUCGCCGACAACCCGUCCGAAGCCACCGAAACCAGCAACGGAACCGCUGCCAACCUGAGAGAAGAAGAAGUCACUAACCGCUUCCGGGAAUAUCUGCUCUACGGCUCGGGAAAAGAAGCUUUAGAGUGGGCCAUGAAGCACGGUCUCUGGGGCCACGCCUUAUUCCUAGCUAGCAAAUUAGACAAGAGAACGUACGCCAACGUCAUGAUGCGCUUCGCCAAUGGGCUGACGAUGAACGACCCGCUGCAAACUUUGUACCAGUUGCUGUCGGGUCGAACCCCGGCUGCCGUAACGUGUGUGGCGGAUGAAAAGUGGGGGGAUUGGCGGCCACACCUCGCCAUGAUCCUGUCCAACUCCACGCAGCGGCCGGAAUUAAACUGCAAGGCCAUCACGAUUCUGGGGGACACGUUAAUGGGGCGUGGGAGUCUGUAUGCCGCUCAGUUUUGCUACCUGAUGGCGGAAGUAGGGUUCAGUCAGUACGGAAGUGCCGAAGCUAAGUUGGUGCUACUGGGGGCUAACCAUAACAAGUCGUUCGUGCAUUUCGCGACGAAUGAGGCCAUUCACAUGACCGAGAUUUAUGAAUAUGCGCGGAGCUUGAACGAUGAUGAGUUUAGUUUAGGGAAUUUUCAGCGUUAUAAAUACUUGUUGUCGACCCGCCUCGCCGACGUUGGUCUACUAGAAAAAGCCUUAUCUUAUUUAGAGAAAAUCGCCACUUUUAUUGUGAAAAAUCCAGGGGUUGUGGACGUUGGGUUAGUGAACGAGGUGUCUUUGUUAGCGGAUAGGUUGAAGUAUUAUGACCCGGUGGGGGAUGGCGAAGUGGAAGUGGAUUUUGACUCGAGUAGGGUGGAAAAUUCGUGGUUGAAGGAUCUGCGACGGGUACAAAAUGACUACAAUAUGGGUUUGGUGCACCAACAGCAAAAUGUGGCUACUAGCGCACAAAGCGAACAACAAACGUAUGCCCAAAAUCAAGACGUCUGGCAACAGCAGCAACAAUAUGACGCAUACCAACAACAACAACAACAACAACAGCAGCAGCAGCAACAGACGUGGAGUCCUGAUCAACCACUAGAGUUACAGAGUGACAGUCAGCCACAACUUGAACAACAACAACAACAAGAUGGUCACUAUCAAGAGUCGCAUCAGUACUGGCCGGGUCAACAGCAGUGGAGUGGUGAGCAGGCUCAGUCGUACCACCCAGAGCCCCUAGACCAACCACCACCACAACAACAACAACAAAAUUACUACGGUGCUAUUGCUCAAACCGAGCCAGACCAGGUCGAGAAACACACCCCUGAAGUAAGUACAUGUCUGACUAACGCCUCAUCCUCAUCCAAGUCGAGCACGUCAACGACCUUGCGCAAGCGCCUAACCCAAACCAAAAACGAAAAACUGAAAUCCCUAGAUAGCGUGACGGACACGCGAUCGAAAACCGCGUUCGGCAAAAACACGAAAGUGUACCCGUUCAAAAACCGCAGCGCCGAGGAUUUCAUAAGCGACAGGAGUCUGUCACGCGACAGUUCGGACUUAGAGUUAGAGUCGGGCAUGCGCGCGAAGAAGAAGCUUUUCUACAAGAACGAGGAAAAGUCGCAGUUGAUUUGUUACAAAGACAAUAUGAAGAUCAUCGCGAUUAAGAACGACUCGAAACUAACGAAAUAUAACACGUUUGAUAUGAAAUUUAACGAUAAGAAGGGGACGGUGGUGAGGUAUAAGUCGCUGGAUGCCCCUGAGACUUUAGUUAAGUAUUACGAUUCUCAUAGUAAUGUCGCGAUUGCGGCUCAAGACUUCGGGUCGGAUUUUAAGAUGACGAAAUUCGACAAGAAGAGACACAAACAUGAUAUUAUCACGGAUACGGUGGACGCGUGGGCGAAGAAAAGCUCGUCGAAUGUGUUUUCGAAUCUCAAAAACUCGAUUUUUAAAAGCACUAAACCGGCGAAGGAGGUGGUGUACAAGCCGCUGGUUUUCGGGGGGACUUACCCCAUCGAUGUUCCGCUAAACAAAGUGGGGAAAGCUACCGAUACGCACAUUAAACAAGUCAAAAACGUGGUUCCGAAAUUCAGGGAAUAUGGUCCGCCGAAAACUUUCGACAUCGACAGACCGAUUUAAUUGUUACUGUUCGCAACGUAGUUACAUUCCUGGUCGUGUUCUUUGUUUUCUGUUGCAAGACCACGCUAAUUUUGUGAUCACUAUGUAGAUUAAAUUGUUGGUAAAGGGCCUAACUAAUAGAUAUGUUGUUGGAUGUACAAUUGUUGUGUUUGUAAUUGUUAAUAGUAACGCCUUUGGUGUAGAUUUGUAACCGAAAAAUAAAGCAUGCUUUACUAUUUUUUAGAAUGUACUGCAGUUUUUAUUUUGAAUAAAGAUGGUUAAAUGUU